AUGAAUAUCUUCAAAACAACUUCCAGAAUACUACCCAGACGAGCUCCCUUUCAACCAUCCACCUUACCAACACGAAUAACUAGAGCAGCAUCCACCAUGACGCUCUCCCACAAUGUGCCAAAGCUCAAUGAUCCGUCAUUGCUGAAGCUCAAUGUCGCGUAUGUGAAUGGAGAAUGGGUAAAGGCGAAGUCGGGAAAGACGUUUGAGGUUUUUGAUCCCACAUCAGGAAAACUCAUCGGUACAGCCCCCGAAUUCGACGCCCAAGACACAGAAGCUGCUAUCCAAGCCGCAGCCACAGCUUUCCCCGCCUUCAGGCUGAAGACUGGACGUGAACGCUCGAAGCUCUUGAGGAAGUGGUAUGAUUUGAUGAUGGAAAAUUCAGAGGAUAUCGCAACACUCAUAACAUGGGAGAAUGGAAAGCCCCUCGCAGACGCAAAGGGAGAGGUUACAUAUGCAGCGAACUUCUUCGAAUGGUUCAGCGAAGAGGCACCACGAAUCUACGGCGAUACGAUACCCUCAUCUCUUCCUGGUAAUAGAAUUGUUACUAUCAGGGAGCCUGUUGGAGUUUGUGGGCUCAUCACACCAUGGAACUUCCCCGCCGCCAUGAUAACCCGAAAAAUUGGCCCCGCCCUCGCAGCCGGCUGCACUGUCGUCGCCAAAUCCCCCGGCGAAACCCCCUUCACCUCCCUCGCCAUCGCAGAGCUUGCCCACCGCGCCGGAAUCCCCAAGGGCGUCGUAAACGUCAUCUCCGCCCUAGACAACACACCUGCAGUCGGUGAAUUGCUCUGCACAUCUCCCAUUAUCAAGAAAGUGUCAUUCACAGGCUCUACGGGCGUAGGGAAACUGCUCAUGAAGCAGAGUUCCAGCACGUUGAAGAAACUGUCUUUUGAAUUAGGUGGCAAUGCACCAUUCAUCGUCUUCGACGACGCGGAUCUCGAAGUCGCCGUCAAUGGAGCCAUAGCAUCGAAAUUCCGUUCUUCAGGCCAGACUUGCGUGUGCGCAAAUCGGAUCUUUAUCCAAUCCGGCAUCUACGAUACCUUCGCCCAAAAGCUCGCUGCGAAAGUCAACGAAUUCCAGGUCGGAGGCGGUUACACGGAAGGUGUUACGCACGGCCCGUUGAUUCACGAUCGUGCAAUUACCAAGGUGGAAGCACAUGUCAGAGAUGCGGAGGCUAAGGGAGGCAAGGUUAUUCAGGGCGGCCAGAAGAUACCAGAGUUGGGAUCGAAUUUCUUCCAGCCAACUGUUAUUACCGGGAUGAAUACCUCGAUGGCAUUAGCAUCCGAAGAGACGUUCGGACCCGUAGCUGGGCUUUUCAAAUUCGACACGGAGGAAGAGGUCGUGCGCAUUGCGAAUAGUGCCGAGGUGGGACUCGCAGGGUAUUUCUUCAGCAAGGAUAUACAGAGGGUGUUUAGGGUCGCCGAGGCAUUGGAGGUAGGCAUGGUAGGCGUCAACACGGGACUUAUCAGUGACCCCGCUGCUCCGUUCGGAGGUGUCAAGGAAUCUGGAUUCGGAAGGGAGGGAAGUAAGUACGGUGUGGGAGAAUAUCAGACCAUCAAGAUGAUAACGUAUGGAGGUAAUGGUCCACUGCAGUCGUAG